AUUUGUUUCAGAAACCCUAAUGUGACCGUGAUACCGGUUCUAGUUGGCUCGUUAACGCCGCCCAAACAGCAGGCGUAUGGAAAGAUAUUUGCCAACUAUUUGGAGAAUCCACGUAACCUUUUUGUGAUAUCAUCCGACUUCUGUCAUUGGGGAAAUCGUUUUCAUUUUGCACCUCAUAAUCCGAACAGUGGACUUGCCAUAUAUGAACAGAUUACUCAACUUGAUAGAGAUGGCAUGGAUGCCAUAGAAACGUUGAAUCCACAAAUAUUCAACGACUACUUGAAGCGAACUCAAAAUACGAUUUGCGGCAGGAAUCCAAUAACGGUUAUGUUACAGGCUGCGGAACACUUCAGGAUGAUGAACAAUCAUACUCACGAGUUCCGUUUUUUGAAGUAUUCUCAGUCGAAUAAGGUUUGUUUAAGACACUUCUUAAGUCGUUUUGUGUUUGUGGUUUUGAUGUUCUGGAAA